CUUAGGUGACCAAGGUUUUCUAAAUGAUGAAAUUUGUGUUUAGCGAUUUGCAAAGCUGUGAUUUAGAAUGAUAUUUCAGUGAGAACAUGUGGAAUUGUGCUUAGAGUUUAGCAGUUUGGAAUCACAAUGUUGACACAUGAGCUUCAUGUUUUUGGAUUUGUGUGCAUAGUUCCACAUUUUGUGUUUAAACAAUGUGGAAAAACUGUAAUAUAUUAAACACUAACUCUAAGCAUACUGACCUUGGACAUACAAAAUAAGAAAUUAACUGUUUUUCAUCUGUUUCUGCAUGUAUUGCGGAAUGUAUUUUAAAGUUAUUUUGUGUGCACAUUUACACAUGUAAUUUUUGGGGGACAGAAAUGGUACAGAUUUAUUGGAACGGCCCAUAAACACAAUAUAUACAUAAUCUAUAUCACUGUUAUCUAUAUUACUCAUCUAUAUUCAUCUAUAUUUUAGAAUUUACAGUGUGGCCAGUUUAUAUAUAUGGGAGCGGACGGUUGCCAUGGCAGUGGCUUCAGUACAGCAUGGCUGCAGCAGUGUGGUGAUGUCACAGUAAUGACAUCACAGCAUUUGGAACUUUGGAGGUGAAGAAGAUCCUGAGUUUGAACUUUAGUGAUCAGUUCUGCUUGCACCUGCGACUGAACUGCACUGAGAGAGAGACACCUGCACUGAGAGAGAGAGACACCUGCACUGAGAGAGAGACACCUGCACUGAGAGAGAGACACCUGCACUGAGAGAGAGACACCUGCACUGAGAGAGAGACAGAGUCCGAGAUAGAGUCUGAGAGUUUAUCCAUCUACUUCACUUAUUCCAGAGAUCUGGAGAGAGAGAUGGAGGGGACAAUGAGCGAGAGCGAGGUCCAGCAGACCAUUGUACUGAUCCAGAAGAUUGAGAGUGAAAAAAGAGACCGAAUCCUGCAGGCCUGGACUGUGGCCAGUAAAGAAUGGACGGAGGAGAAAAAGAAGAUGAAGCAGGAGAUCGAACUGCUGAAGAAGGAAGCAGGGAGGCUGAGGAUGAUGAAGAAGAAGGAUGGAGAGAUAAAGGACCUCAAGGAAAUGAGGAAGCUCCACCAAUCAGAGAUGGAUCUGCUUCAAAAGAAAGAGAACGACAGGAGAGACAGAAUCCUGAAGGCCUGGACUGAUGCGGGUAACGAAUGGGACUCAGAGAAAAGGAAGAUGAGGCAGGAGAUCGCCCAGCUGAAAGAAGGAGAGAAGCUGAGAGCGAUGAAGAAGAAGGAUGAAGAGCAGGUGGGAGAGAUGAAGGAGCUGGAGAAAAUGAGAGAGCUCCACCAGAAAGAGAUAGAACUGCUCCGAAAGACGGAUAAUGAAAGAAGAGACAGAGUCCGGGAGUCCUGGCUUAAACUCUGCUCUGAAUGGAAGGAGGAGAAACAGCAGAUGAAGCUGGAGGAAGAAAAAAGACAGCGUCUCCUGGAGUCCUGCAUGAAGGAGAAAGACGAAUGGAAGGAAAAGGUGGAGUUGAUGAUGAAAGAAAGAGAGAAGGAGAAGAAGGAGAUGGAAUCCAUGAUGAAAGAGAGAAAGGAGGAGAAGGAGAUGGAAAAGAUGAGGAAGGAGACGGAAGCCGAGGUGAUAAAGGAGGAAGAGGAGAAGGAGGAGAGAGGGAUGGAGGUGCUGGUGCUGAAAAUGAAAGCACUGUCCCUUGGAGAGGAGGACAACAGGUGGCAAAGGACCAACCUGAAGUCCAGGAGGAGAAGAAGAGCAGUCCGUUCCAUUUUCCCUUUCUCUACAUCUUUCCUUUAAUCUUCCAAAUAAAUCAGUUUUUUAUUCAAACUGAAUAAAGUCUGCUGUACUGAAUUAAUCAAGGGUUGUUACAUACAUCCAUCAUUACUUGAUAUAAUAAUGGUUUAAAAAGGUUAAUUAGAAGAAAAUUAAAAAAGAAAUGAAAAAUAAAUCAAUAAAAAUAAAUAAACAAAUGAAAAAAUGAUAAAUACAUUUAUGAAUG